AUGGUCGGAGUGUCGGUCAUUCUAGCAAUUGUAAUCGCUUCACGAAAUCUAGCGGCAUAUUCAGCGCUAGCGCUUCGCAAGGUGACAGCGGGCAAUUGCGGGGCAGAUCACACGGAACCCCAUUUUCCUUGGAUCGAAGCACAUACAGCACUAAAAAUGGGUUGCGGUGCUUCGGCGCCUGCGAAGCCCAAUUCCAGCAAGCGGGUAGCAGCAGCUGCCGCCAUCGCCGCGACCAAGCAAGAGCGCGACUACACGUCUUCAGCCAAGGCUCCUGAGGUUUGCAGUCGCGCUCCAUCAACAAAAGUAUCAUCUGGUCAAGCGUGUGCACCAGUGGACAAGUUGUUGAGGCCUCAGGACGCGUGCUCUUCCAGUAGAACCGGGAAGCCGCUGCGAGACGCGGAAGGUGGCGAUGUGGGUCGUCCUGCCCUUGGGGGAAUCAGUCGCCCCGGCAGCUGUGGUACCGGACGCGACACCGUUGGCGAUGGUGUCGUGCAUGUCGCCGCGGCAAAGACAGUUAUGCCCAGUGCUGGACGCGCGGAUACGGUGUAUGCGGGGAAAGGUGCGGCGGCAGGCGGCGACAAUGGCUGCAAGGGUGGUGUAGUUUGCAAUAAGCCACCCGAGGACGUGGUCGAGGCAGUGGCACCGGAUCGGCCUGCGAGCGUCGCCGGGAGGCCAAGCACUGCCGAAGGCGACCGGGCCGGCAUCGGCUGCGUCUUCCGCAGCGGCAGGGGGAGAGUCGAGGCCUUCUUCUGCAGGGCUAAAGUCGGGUCAUUUGGCGUACGCAGCCCCGCUGCCGCCCACCGACAGGCCGGCAUCGGCUGCGUCUUCCGCAGCGGCAGGGGGAGAGUCGAGGCCUUCUUCUGCAGGGCAAAGUCGGGUCUUCCUGCCUACGCGGCCCCGCUGCCGCCCACCGAUAGGCCGGCAUCGGCUGCGUCUUCCGCAGCGGCAGGGGGAGAGUCGAGGCCUUCUUCUGCAGGGCUGAAGUCGGGUCCUUCGGCCUACGCGGCCCCGCUGCCGCCCACCGAUAGGCCGGCAUCGGCUGCGUCUUCCGCAGCUGGAGGAGGAGAGUCGAGGCCUUCUUCUGCAGGGCUGAAGUCGGGUACUUCCGCGGCUGCUGCCGUACGGCUGACCAGCAGCAGGCCAGCAUCAGCAGCAUCUUCAACGGCCGUGCCGAAGCCACGUUCAGCCACAGAUCGAAGCCGCGGGAACUCUUUUGGACCAGAGGGAGACGAAGAUGAUGAAGCACCAAGGAGCCAGGGCGUGCAGGCUCCAAAGGCGACCCCUCUCGACCGUGCUGCCCGGGCCGGGUCGGAUAGCUGGCAAGAGCCGGACGAGAACAUAUUGGAUUCGGCGUCCAUGGAUUCGGCGUCCAUGGAAGCCGCGAUGACCACGGCGACGGCUCCCACAUCUCGCGCGGGUCGCGAGGGCGACAUGAAGGAGGUCGUUUCAAAGUCCAGGCGCAGGGCGGAGUCGAAGGAUCUGGGCAGCGAGUUGGCGACAGUGAUGGAGGGGGACGAUGGUUAUGGCGCAGAGGUCCCAGCGCCGCCGGCGCUCAGCCAGUCGAGGGCGGAUGACGAUGGGCCGCCCAGCGACGAGCUGGAUGCCGCCAGCGACACAGAGACUGGCACUGGAGAUGUGACAGCUAAGUGCAGUCAUGACUUGGGCAAGAGGCUGGAUCUCGAUGUCGCAGCAGUUGCAACGGUCACGGCUCCGAUACCGGCAGCAUCACGCGCGUCGUCCGCCAUUCAGCAGCGUCGUAGUGGUGAGGAGGGAGAGGACGACUGUGGUGGCAGCGACGCGGAGGUCACGGAGACUACGGAAGUGAUGCCCUUCGGUGGGUCUGGCGCGCCGAGCCGCAAGACUGCCGACCUGUUAGACUAA